AUGGUGCUAAAUAUACCUCGGCCGUUGAGCAAGGUUGCGGGUCCGCGGGAGAUUGUUCGUCAGUUCGUGCCGAGCUGGUUUGCAGUGACCAUGGGUACGGGGAUCCUGGCGGUAGUCAUUAAAGACUUCCCGUUCCAGUUUCCGCACCAAGACGACCUCGGCUGGGCGUAUUGGUUCUUUAACGUCGGAUUGUUUGGGAUCUUUUCGAUUCUCUUUCUGAGCCGAUGGAUUUUUUUCUUUAACGACGCCAUCCCAAUGUUCCAUCAUCCUGUUCAAUCCAUGUUUCUUGGCGCUAUUCCAAUGGGUCUUGCAACAAUCGUUAACGGGUUGGUGCUCUUUGGCACGCCGCACUGGGGCAACAGUGCAACGAUAGCGGCCAUCGUGCUUUGGUUUGUGGAUGUGGGCCUCGCGGUCCUUUGUGGGCUGCUUGUUCCGAUAUUCAUGCUCACGACACAUUCGCACGCUUUGGAAAGCAUGAGCGCAGUCUGGCUUCUACCAGUGGUUCCUGGCGAAGUCGCAGCGGCCUCUGGAGGUCUCCUGCUCGCGGUCGUUCAGAACCAGCGGCUUGCUCAGAAUAUUGCGUUCAUCAGCAUGCUCUUAUGGGGAUUUUCGGUCCCGCUCUCAAUGAGCAUUUUGGUGAUAUUCUUCUUGCGUCUCGUACUGCACAAGCUACCGCCAUCAGAUCUAAUUAUUAGUUGUCUCCUUCCGCUGGGCCCGAUAGGUACCGGGGCGCUAGCUGCCACCGAACUGGGACUCUACGCGAAGCGCACCUUUGAGAACAGCGGUUAUGGCGUCUCCGCGACAACUUUCCAGAGCUUGGCCUCUGCCACCCCGGCAAUUGCCAUGUUCGUUGCUACUGCUUUGUGGGGCUAUGGCGUCUGGUGGCUGGUGAUUGCCAUUUUUGCAAUCGGGCACACGCUAAGAAACCGACUACCAUUUAAUCUGGGAUGGUGGGGUUUGAUCUUCCCUCUGGGCGUGUUCACUGCAUCAACAGCAGAUCUUUACAAAUUAACGGAUUUCUAUCUGUUUCGCAUACCAGCAGCGGUGCUUAUAUGCAUCCUAUUCGUGCUGUGGUGGGUUGUUAUGUUCCACACGGUGGUACGAGCUUAUUCAGGGGAGUUAUUUUAUGCACCGUGCCUUGGACCACGACAGGCUUGUACGCAAAACGAGCUUGAGAUUUGA